UGUAACAGUGCUGUGUUGUUGUGUGCAGGAUGACAACUCCAUGUUCUUUCAGUUCGGUCCGUCCAUCGAGCAGCAAGCGUCUGUCAUGCUCAACAUCAUGGAGGAAUAUGACUGGUACAUCUUCUCCAUAGUUACCACCUAUUACCCUGGAUACCAGGACUUUGUUACCAAGAUCCGCAGCACCAUCGAGAACAGUUUUGUGGGUUGGGAGUUGGAGGAGGUCCUGCUGUUGGAUAUGUCUGUAGACGAUGGAGAUGCAAAGAUUCAGAAUCAGCUGAAGAAGCUUCAGAGUCCUGUCAUUCUGCUCUACUCCACCAAAGAAGAAGCCAACAUCAUCUUUGAGGUGGCACAUUCUGUCGGACUCACGGGUUACGGAUACACAUGGAUCGUACCAUCUCUGGUGGCUGGUGACGCUGAUCAUAUCCCACCUGAGUUCCCCACAGGUAUGAUCUCAGUGUCUUAUGAUGAGUGGGAUUAUGGGCUGGAGGCGCGAGUGAGAGACGGCGUGGCAGUCAUCGCUUCAGCGACAUCCUCCAUGAUGCUGGACAGAGGUCCACACACACUGCUGAAAUCUGAGUGUCACGGGUCACCUGACAAGAAGAGUCCAAUCACAGGCAACCCCAAUGAAGUGCUUAGGUAUCUGAUGAACGUCACAUUUGAAGGGAGGAAUCUGUCAUUCAGUGAGGAUGGAUAUCAGAUGCAUCCCAAGCUGGUGAUCAUACUGCUGGAUAAAGAGCAUCAGUGGGACCGAGUGGGUAAGUGGGAGAACGGCUCUCUGUCCAUGAAGUAUCACGUGUGGCCGAGGUUCGAGCUUCACUCCGGUGCUGAGAGAAGAGAUGAUGAUCAUCUGUCCAUCGUCACACUUGAGGAGGCGCCGUUUGUCAUCGUAGAGGACGUGGAUCCACUCAGCGGGACCUGCAUGAGAAACACAGUGCCCUGUAGAAAACAACUCAAAUCUGUUAAUCACACAGGCGAUGCGGUGUACAUCAAGCGUUGUUGCAAAGGUUUCUGUAUUGAUAUUCUGAAGAAGAUCGCCAAGUAUGUGAAGUUCACCUAUGACCUUUAUCUGGUCACCAACGGCAAGCACGGCAAGAAGAUCAAUGGCACGUGGAACGGGUUGGUGGGAGAGGUGGUGAUGAAGAACGCUCACAUGGCUGUGGGAUCGCUGACCAUCAAUGAGGAAAGGUCAGAGGUCAUCGAUUUCUCCGUGCCCUUCAUAGAGACGGGCAUCAGUGUCAUGGUCUCCCGUAGCAACGGGACGGUGUCACCCUCAGCGUUCCUCGAGCCCUUUAGCGCUGACGUCUGGAUCAUGAUGUUUGUCAUGCUGCUGCUGGUGUCCGCCUUCGCCGUCUUCAUCUUCGAGUACUUCAGUCCUGUGGGAUACAACCUGUGUCUCGCCGACGGCCGAGAGCCCGGAGGUCCGUCGUUCACAAUCGGGAAGGCCAUCUGGCUACUCUGGGGUUUGGUCUUCAAUAAUUCAGUUCCAGUGCAGAACCCCAGAGGAACCACCAGUAAGAUCAUGGUCAGCGUUUGGGCUUUCUUCGCCGUCAUCUUCCUGGCCAGUUAUACAGCUAAUCUGGCGGCGUUUAUGAUUCAGGAGGAGUACGUGGACCAGGUGUCCGGCCUCAGCGAUAAAAAGUUUCAGAGACCCAACGAUUUCUCGCCUCCGUUUCGUUUCGGGACCGUUCCCAACGGCAGCACCGAACGAAACAUCCGCAAUAACUACAGAGAGAUGCACUCAUACAUGAUCAAAUAUCACCAGCGCAACGUGAACGAGGCUCUGUACAGUCUGAAAACAGGAAAGCUGGAUGCGUUCAUCUAUGACGCUGCAGUGUUGAAUUACAUGGCCGGAAGAGACGAGGGGUGUAAGCUGGUCACCAUCGGCUCUGGGAAAGUGUUUGCAUCUACAGGCUACGGCAUCGCCAUCCAGAAAGAAUCCGUCUGGAAGAGACAGGUGGACCUCGCCAUCCUUCAGCUGUUUGGAGAUGGUGAUAUGGAGGAGUUUGAGGCUCUCUGGCUCACCGGUAUCUGCCACCAUGAGAAGAAUGAAGUGAUGAGCAGUCAGCUGGAUGUGGACAACAUGGCUGGUGUCUUCUACAUGUUAGGAGCUGCAAUGGCUCUGUCACUCAUCACGUUCAUCGCUGAACACGUCUUCUUCUGGCACCUGCGCUUCUGCUUCAUGGGUGUGUGUUCUGGAAAACCGGGUCUCACCUUUAGCAUCAGCAGGGAGAUUUACAGCUGCAUUCACGGAGUUGAAAUCGAAGACAAGAGUUCGGCGCUGAAUUCACCCUCCGCCACCAUGAACAAUACGCACUCGAACAUCCUGCGGCUGCUGCGCACCGCCAAAAACAUGGCAUCUCUCUCCGGAGUCAACGGCUCCCCACACAGCGCCCUCGACUUCAUCCGCAGAGAGUCUUCUGUGUACGACAUCAGCGAGCACCGCCGCAGUCUGGCCGGACACUCGGACUGCAAAGCCCCGUACCUGCUCGACGAUAACAUGUUCAGUGACUACAUCAGUGAGGUGGAGCGCACCUUUGGCAACCUGCACCUUAAGGACAGUAACUUGUAUCAAGACCACUACUUGCACCACCACGGCGGCUCGACCCUGGGCUUGACUGGACCAGCCCCAAACCAUCCUCCGAGCCUGGGAUCCAGCAGUUCCCUGGAGGGAGGCAUGUUUGACUGUGAUAGCUUAGCUGGAGGCGUAGCCCCCAUCUUCUCCAGUCAGCCGCACUCUGCACUCACACACAGAAACAUGAGCAAGUUUGACCUGCUGCAGAGUCAGCCCCCAUCGUCCGGGCAGGGCUUAAAACAGGGCCUGGCCGACCUGUAUGGCAAGUUCUCCUUCAAAGGUGGGGCGUCUAGUUCGGGAUACAUCCCAGGGCACGAGAGGUACUGCGGCGGAGCCGAUGAUGGAAACAUCCGUUCGGACGUGUCGGACAUUUCCACGCAUACGGUUACCUACGGCAAUCUAGAGGGCAACGCUAAGAAACGAAAGCAAUACAGAGACAGUCUUAAGAAACGUCCGGCGUCUGCAAAGUCCCGCCGCGAAUUCGAUGAGAUCGAGCUGGGCUACCGCCGCCGCCAGCGUCACGGCCACCAUCAUCACAACCACGGCCACCGCUCUGCCUCGCCUCCUUCUGAACGCAAGAGAGGAGGUAGCACCAACUCAACCUCAUAUCUGUUACAGGACAAAGAAAGCAUGAGGGAUUUCUACCUGGACCAGUUCCGUCCCAAAGAAGGCAUUCCACAGUGGGAACAUGUGGAUCUUACAGAUGGUCCCAGUGGGUUAGGAGGGCACUGCACUAGCCUGGUGUCUGUGGAUGACUUCCUGAAGAUUAAACCCAAGAAGCUGGAUGGCAGCGAUUGGGAAUGUCGUAGCUGUCGUGCCAGCAGCGCGGGCAGCAAUCAGAUCGUCCUUCACGGGGGUGGCUACAUUGGCAGGGGCACUAACUGCGUCGCGUCAGGUGGCGGAGGUGGGCUGGGGAGCAGCCGCCCCAGUUCAGCCACUUGUAUGCGGUGUGAUGCUUGCAAGAAAUCGGGCAACCUCUACGACAUCAGCGAGGACAGUAGCCACUUACUGGAGCAGCUGGGGGGCAGUAGAAUGCAGACGCCGGCGCAGCGUCGCAGGGCCUUCGGUGCAAGGCCGCUGCGGCGACAACAUUCCUACGACACCUUCGUGGAUCUCCAGAGAGAAGGGGCAGGGGGAGCAGCCGGGCCACUGGGGUUCGGCGGGGCUGGAGGCAUGAGUGGGGCACUGCCGCCUGGGCCGCGCAGCGUGAGCCUUAAGGAGCGGGAGCGCUGCAUGGACGCCUCCACUCCCUUCGGACACAUAUUUGAAAGUCAGGGAGGUUUGGAAUGCGACGCGGACCUCGACCCACUGUUCUACGGAGGUCUGGAGAGGGCGAAAGGUGGAGGAUCGCCGUUCGGUUUGUUCAGAGCGGGAGAGGGUGCACCUCAACGCCGCUCGCUGGGUGAGAGGGAAUUAAGAGACAGGGGACUGAUGGAAGGGCCUGCGCCCUUAUCCAAAUCACUUUAUCCUGACCGAAGCAACCACAACCCCUUCAUUCCCACGUUCGGGGAUGACCAGUGUCUGCUGCACGGUGCCAAGUCUUACUACGUCACCAAGCAGCAGGGCGACGCGCACGGCCCCAUGGGCGUGACCUCGUUCCUGCCGGCGUCGGCCGCUUCAGGGGUCAUGUCGAACUUUCCCGGCCCGCACUUUCCUGCCGAGCUUUGCGUCGGAAACCACCACACCAGCAAGCUGAGCCUCGGUCCACCUCGACCCUUCAACGGCAGCAACGGACACGUGUACGAGAAACUCUCCAGCAUCGAGUCUGAUGUGUGAACCGAUCCUACGAGCCAGACUUUAGCAGAACACGCAGAACUUGAGAGAAUGUCAUAUUUCCUGUCAAGUACAUGUUUACAGCGACCAUGAGCUGCUGUCCAUCUGCUGAAUGUGUCUGAGGAGAAGUGCAGUAGAGCAGAUGGCCUGUUUCACCUCUCCUCUCCAUCACAGCUCUUCUCAUCUGCUCUAUUGUGAAGAUGCGAUCAUGACAGUGGAACGAAUGCGUUUGAUUUUUUUUAACAGGGUAACAAUUUUACCUCAGAGACGUUGCCAGACACAAUCCUCUUGGAACCUCGGAGAAGGUUUUACUGUUUCUUUGGCAGCACAUAUCCAGAGACGAUGUGAGCGGUAGGGACAUCAGUCAGUCUCCACAUCAUCCUCGUGUAACCAUGGCAACGGCCUCUCUCACGCUGUUCACUGCCGAUUGUUCCGGCUCCCACGCUCAUUUAAAUUCAAGCGUCUCUACUGCCGUGAUAUUUCACAUCAACAGCGUUACACAUCAUCUGUGAUUCUUUAGUGAUUCUUGUUUUUAAGAUAAUAUAGAGUAAGGUCAGUGUUAACUCUGUAAAUACAUGUUCUCUUUAUAUUAUUAACAGACAACCUUUAAUAUAGCUUUUUCACAUAUUUAACAAAUAACCAAAAUGAAGAUAAAACACAACAAAAAUAUGCAAAGUAUAGUCAAGCAUUACUACUUCUGAAGUGAUAGUUUGCUUUUAUGACUCAAUUCUGAUAGUUUACUGCCAGCUUUACUUAAGAAUUGACUAGAAUGUAACAGAGCUACGCUGUGCUGUCGUGGACAUUUUUAUGUUAUUCGUUUACGGCUUUGAUCCUCACUAAGUUUCUCUUCACACACACACACACACACACACACACGUUUACCUCGCUAUCUAUGUGAGAACAUGAAAGCGGAAUAUUUAUGGACUAUUUUUACUUUAGUUUCCAGAGGACGUUUAGCGAACACUCUUUCUAUGUUUACUGUAGUGUUAAUUAUUAUAAUGGUUAAGUACCCCCCCACACACACACACAGAUCUCCAGCUUCAGUGUGCUUUAGGACCUUAAGCUCGAGUGAAGGACUUUAGCGUUUAUUUGAUGGAGUGUCAUUUGUGUUGUAAAUGUAAGGUAAACGCUUGAAUCCUUCUGCUUUUACAGUUUGUCUUUAAACUCUUUGGUUUUACUAGGUUAUGAUAUCAAAGUGUGCUUUAAGGUGUGUUGAAGCUGGGGGUCAAAAUGUUCCCGUCAUAGUUCUUCUCACAGCAAUAGUUCUAUAGUCUUGACUUAAAGCCACAGUUCUGUUCCCACUGUAUGUGAGUCUUUCUUCAGUGAAACACAAAAGAAGAUAUUUUGAGAAAUGUCUCAGUGGUUUUGUGUUCAUACACUCGAAGUCAAUGGGUGUAUUCUGCAGAAGAAAGAAACUCAUACAGGUUUGAUGAUGAUGAUGUAAGAAUUCUCAUUUCUGUCAGACAAUCAGCAGUCAGUUUAGGUUGGCGGUGUGGUUCUGUUCUUGGCAAAACUCCCUGCACAUCCAUGCAGCCAGCAUGCAGAAGAGCAGGGAGCGCAGCGAUGACCACCCUCAGGGUGAACAGAACAGAACAGAACAAGCACACGUCACGACUUCUGAAAGACUUUUAAGCCAAACCCAUAAUGCAAAUGCAGUUGAGACUUCUGAAAAGGAAUAACAGAAGUGGAGAUUGUAAAUGUGAGCUGGAGCUGGGGAUGGAGGAGAGUAUUUCGCUCCUGAGUUACACGAUAAGCUGCUAUAGCUGAGUGAAUUUAAAUCGGAAGCUGUGAUUGCGGAGGAGGAUCAGCUGAUGCGAGCUUGACUCACGUGACCUGCCAGAACUAACCCUAUCCACUUGAUUUGAGGUCUGAACUGUCCCUUUAAACUCACUUUCCUCUGACCCCUCACUGCUGUAGCUUGAGCUCUGUGUGCUUUUCUUGUGUUCAUAGAGAAACACGCCUAGUUGUCGUUAGACUUCAUUCUAGUGUACUCGCAAUAUAUAGGAAACUUUUAGCGUUCAGUUAACUACGAUAUUAUCAUCAUUAUUAUUCUAAGGUAAGUAUAGCAGCCGGUUUGAAGUUCUAUGAUACGGUAACUGUUGUGAAACGCAUCGCUAGUCACCACAAUACCAAGUCCAUCUUUACCUUCACAGAAUGGGUGAGUUUGUCACUCGACACGGGUGAUGAACGCGUGUGCGCGAGACGGCGGCUUCUACGUCGCAUACUCUUGCUGCUGUGGUAUCGCCAUGCUGUUGCCAUGGUAACUGCAGUACCAGAAGAUGCAGGCUGAAUGAGCGAAUUGCUUCACUAUGGAAUGAGAAUCGCAUUCACUUUGAUAAGUCACAGAAUUUUUACAUCUCUGAAUACGAUUCUAAAGUGAAUACUUGUACAGAUUGUGUAUAUAAUGAACAAAAUUCCUUUUCUAUGACGAUAUAAACGCAAACCUCAAUGAUACUUUAAUAUUGAGAGGAUCUUUUCACGAUGUAGAAGGGUGACGACACGCGCUCAGAAUACUUUCACAUGCUAAAUAAAGUGAGUAAAAACAUGCGACGCUGCUGUCGAGUUUUUUCUGUGUAUGCACGCGCUUCAUACUGUACAACACCACCGACUGCAGUGCGUACUGUAAUGUGUUACGUAAUACACACAACUACACUAGUGUGUCACACACUUGACUGCGUACUAUUUACAGACCACUUCGUGGACAUCAUUUGUAGCGUGCAAACACAAACAACAAAAUGUUUCCAUCUGUCAUCGUUUAUUUCUGCUCAUCUCAUGUGAUUGUAAAUCUGAGUCUUUUUGAGAAAUGUCUCAGUGGUUUUGUGUUCAUACAUACAUUCACAUGUUUUCCUGCAGAUGAACAUGAACUCUCUCUCCCAUCAUUCAUCACACGUUCGCUUCUCUUAUUCACUUUCCACUCAGGUAGGAGAAAGAGGCGAAUGAAAUAUUGAUGGUGGGGGAGAGCGCGCGCGCAUUGGGAAGUUGUGUUUAAAGGCCACACUAUCUGUUCAUAUUAUGAGGGAGCUCGUGCGAACUGUACUGUUUUAUGAAGCAUUUCACCCACCUCCCCCUCUCAACACCCCCACAAUCCUUUGUGAAGCACCCGCUCGCUCUUACUAACGGUCACCUAGCAACAGAGCGGAUAAUAAUCGGAAGCCCCGCCCGCUUCUCUGGCUCACUCCACCAAAGUUUAAUUUCCCACUAAACACAGUUCGUGAACAGUACAUAUUCAAAAACCGUGCGGGAGGGCGAUUCCGAACCGGGCGGAGCGGUUGCCAUGGCAGCAUUGCGUAGCAUCUCCGCCGCGGCGCUGCGUUGAUCGAUCGGCGUAUGACGUAAAAGUAUCGCGAGCGCGAUUCGACACCACAGCUGGAAGGCAGCAAAAUGAUGACAGAUGUACAGAAACAUCAUAUUUACUGAGUGUGUACAGCAGUCAGAAUAAAGCAAUAAGCCGUGUGAAGCAGUGGAUUUUAUAACAGCUGAGAGCGUUGUGGCACGACGCGAUGCGGAGUCAAUAAAACCCCCUCAGCUGUUAUAAAAUGUUCACACGGCUUAUUGCUUUAUUAAACGGUUAUUCCAUAUGCGUAGCAAGGUUUCAUAAAAUAAAGUAAAUAAAACGAUAUUUAGGCUAUGUAAUGCCUACUGUCAGCAGUUAUAAAUCGGGGUAUUUUAUAACGGCUUAGAACUCGGCUCAGCCAAUCAGAAUCAAGGACCAUCAUACAAAUUCACCAGAAGCCGUAUUAACUGUGUGUGAAUGAUCCUGAUCUACCAGCAUUUAUAUUAAAACAUCAACCGAUACACGAAGACAAUCAGAACGUCCUUUACUGGCUGUUAGAUUCGUCUGCUGUGGUGUACAGAGACCCUGCGAUCUCACACAGGUGUUCUCAGUGAAAUACACCAUUAAAAACAUUGACAGCACACAACACAGUCAUAGAAACAAUGACGUCACAGGUGAAGAAACUGUUCUCGUGUCUGCAGGUCAGAGAGUUCACGAGAGGUCAGAAGUCUUGUAGCUGGACACCUCUCAGUAUUAUGGGCAGUCCACUACAGUAUGUACAAAAUCUGAUCUGUUUGAAACACAUUCACUUCAGAAUAUCCUUCCUUCUGCCCUUUAUCGGGGUUAGGUUGUAUUUUCUUGCAGGAUGGCGUCAGUUUUUUCAUGCACACACUUUCUAGAUUGUGUUUCUUGUCUACAAUGUGUGUCUCUGGUGUUUGCGAUUGGUUCAUUUGUGAUGUCAUUUUGCCAUCCCGUGGCAAAGAGAAGAACUACAACAUCCUUUAUUAAAUCAGGUUUUACUUCAGUGUUCCCGCGUGCUGUGUGAGUUUGAACAUUUAUGCAUGACACAUACACUCACCUAAAGGAUUAUUAGGAACACCAUACUAAUACGGUGUUUGACCCCCUUUCGCCUUCAGAACUGCCUUAAUUCUACGUGGCAUUGAUUCAACAAGGUGCUGAAAGCAUUCUUUAGAAAUGUUGGCCCAUAUUGUAGGAUAGCAUCUUGCAGUUGAUGGAGAUUUGUGGGAUGCACAUCCAGGGCACGAAGCUCCCGUUCCACCACAUCCCAAAGAUGUUCUAUCGGGUUGAGAUCUGGUGACUGUGGGGGCCAUUCUAGUACAGUGAACUCAUUGUCAUGUUCAAGAAACCAAUUUGAAAUGAUUCGAGCUUUGUGACAUGGUGCAUUAUCCUGCUG